GAGGCUGCUAAAGAAUCAAUCUUUAUGGCCAACCCAGCCAGUUGUCCCUCAUGGCCUUACUUUUAGCCAUUCUAGGACCGUCCAAGGGUGCCGUUACCCUCUUAUGUUUAUAUGAGCAAGUGGCUAGAGUUACCUUGUAAUCUUUGAAGGGUGUGGAGCUUGAGCAUUGGAGCUUUCACUUGCCAGUAUUGGUUUGUCUGAGAGGCAUGGAAAUAAGCGAAGGUUGCAAGAAAGUCUGCGUUCUACUACUCUAUUUGACGAUUGCAGCUACUUCCUUCGCUCAUUGCGAUGCAAGAAGAUCGAUGCAUCUAUCCAGAGGUCCAGUGCAUGCAGGAAGUUCAAUAAUCAAGCAAGCACAAGAAUUGAAAGUGACGAAGCGCUUUGACUUGGCUUCAUUGCUUCUGCAAAAGGAAACAAUGGAUUCAUCAAAUGCUGGUCCCUAUGUGAGCUCACCAUUUACUUUGCCGCCUUAUGAUUCAUUAGGACCAAUUUCAUUGCCCGAUAAUGCCCCUCCAAAUUGCGUCUACCCCCCAAACACCCCACAACCACCUUCCACAGCAAUUUCAACUCCAACGGGAUCAAUGCCAUCUUCACCUCCACCACCCUUCGCUUAUGUACCACCAGUUUUCCCCAUCUCAAACCCGCCUCCAUGCCCAGCUGGUGAGGUACCUGGCCCACCCAGUUUUAACCCGAUUCCAAAUCCACCUGAAGUAGUACCUAGCCCACCCAUUAACAUUCCGGGCACACCAGAAGGAGCCGUACCUAGUCCUCCGGGAUCAGUACCUAGUCCAACCAUUUAUGUUCCAGGCCCACCAGAAGCUGUACCUGGUCCCCCUUAUUAUGAGCCUAGCCCACCAAGCUAUACCACUAGCCCGCCCACUUUUGUUCCAUCUCCAACUGGAUUUGUUCCAAGCCCAAGGGGUUUUCGCCCACCUGUGGUGUAUCCACCUCCGACGGGGCCACCAUCUCCAAGAACAAGCCCAUUCUCAUCCUUAUGGUGUGUAGCCAAGCCUUCGGUGCCCGAUCCGAUCAUUCAAGAAGCAAUGAAUUAUGCUUGUGGGUCUGGGGCAGAUUGUGACUCGAUUCAACCCAGUGGGUCAUGCUUCGAACCCAAUACAUUGUUUGCACAUGCUUCCUAUGCUUUCAAUAGUUACUGGCAGAGGACCCGAGUGGCUGGUGGUUCAUGUUCAUUUGGAGGGACUGCCAUACUAGUCACCGUGGAUCCAAGCUAUGACGGUUGUCAUUUUGUCUACGGGUGAUGAGAUGAAGGCAAUUCGUCUUUUGGAGUGAACAAGGAAUAGCAAACCAGCCUCCACGACCAAUCCCUUCCUCUCCUUUCAUUAUUUCUCAAUGAAUUUAUAGGUUCAAGCAUAAAUUUUGUAAGUAAUGCCACGUGGGCUGUAUCCUUAGGUGGGUCCCAAGUAGAUCAGGCUUGGAUUUCUAUUUCAGCCGAGGUUGUCAUCCUCGUCGUGGAAUUCUUCCUUUCGUGCGAGGGACAUAUACUUCUCCGCAUGAGUUGUACAAAUUUUAUUAAUUAGAAUUAGAACAUACGAGAAGGUGAGUCAGGUGACUCGGACUCUCUACGAGUUCACUAAAAUAAAGACACCUGUUUGGAGAUGCUUAAUUUCGAGGAAAUAAGACGAGACUCGAUUUCCGUGGAGAUAUCUUCGUGUUGAUUAUAUAUUGAUAGCAUCUCGCUGGCUAGAGAAGAUACAGGCUGUUGUGUGCCCUCGGUCCUGUAAUUGCACCGUGAAUUAGUGGCUGAUAUCCAUAUGUGAUCACUGAGAUUGCAUGCUGGGUAUUGUUCCGUUCGAACAUCUUCUUCUUCUUCUUCUUCUU